UACCAUUGUAGCUUGCCAACCCUGGCCGAAAGGAUAAGAAAAAUAAAUACUUCAAAACUAUUGUAAAAUUUGUAUUUUUCUAGGAAACAAAAUAAUUUGUAUUUGUUUAUAAAAACAAUAUGGUCAGAACGCCGCUUCAUCCGGCAUCAGGAACGGGAGUAAUAUUAAGAAAAUGUGCCGCACUAGCUAUUAGGUUCGUCAGAUUCGGAUGUACAAAUAGACCGUUCUAUCAUAUAGUGGUUAUGGAGAGGAAGUUAGAACAAAGACAACCACCAGUUGAGCAGCUAGGGACGUACGAUAUAAUUCCAAACAAACAUAACGAAAAAUUAUUGGCACUCAAUUUUGAAAGAAUUGCGUACUGGAUAGGACAAGGUGCUCACGUAUCAAGGCCAGUUCUGGAGUUGUUCGGCCUUUCAGGAUUCUAUCCUAUACAUCCCAGAACUUACAUGCGCUCAUGGAGGAAUCGAAGAGAUGCAGAGAAACUUGCUGCGCAAGCAGCAGCUACAUCUGAAAAUCAAGUGUCUGCUGCUUCUUAAAUUGUAUUAUAGCAAAUUAUUAACAAUGUAAAUAUAUUUCAGUCAAUCAAUAAACAAUGUACAAUUUUUUUCCAA